ACCACCUUCAUCUCUCUCUCUCUCUCUCUCUCUCUCUCUCUCUCUCUCUCACUAUGGAGGCGAAUUCAAGUGAUGGGUCAUACUUGAAUGAGCCUCUCUUGUAUAAUGAGAAGCAACAAGGAUUAGCGCGCAAACUCGAGGAAGGAGACUCGAAGUGUGAAAAUCCCUGUGAAGGCAACACUUCUUUCUUCAAAACCUGUUUCAAUGGCCUCAACGCUUUGUCAGGAGUGGGAAUUUUGUCAACACCAUAUGCACUUGCAUCCGGAGGUUGGUUGAGUUUAAUACUUCUCUUUGCUAUAGCCAUAGCAGCCUUUUACUCGGGCCUGCUUAUUCAGAGAUGCAUGGAUGUCCACUCAUGUAUUAGAACUUACCCUGACAUCGGAGAGCUCGCAUUUGGUAACAAGGGGCGUGUCCUGGUAUCAGUUUUCAUGUACAUAGAGCUAUUCUUGGUUGCUACCGGAUUUCUGAUUCUAGAGGGAGAUAAUCUGCAUAACUUAUUCCCGGACAUGGGAUUCAACAUUGGAGGGUUCAUCAGCGGAAAACAGAGCUUGGUGCUGAUUGUCGCGCUAAUAAUUUUGCCCUCGGUUUGGUUGGACAAUCUGAGUUUGCUUUCUUAUAUAUCUGCAAGUGGGGUCUUAGCUUCUGGCAUCAUCCUUGUCUCGAUUCUAUGGACUGCGUUCGAUGGAGUUGGAUUUCAUCAAACAGGAACGCUGAUAAAUUGGAGUGGAGUUCCUACUGCCGUUAGCUUAUAUGGUUUCUGUUAUUGCGCCCAUCCAGUUUUUCCCACGCUUUAUACCUCUAUGAGGAAGAAACAUCAGUUCUCUAAUGUUCUUAUAUUGUGCUUUAUCCUCUGUACCAUCGGUUAUGCAUCAAUGGCUGUAAUGGGGUACCUGAUGUUUGGAGACAAGGUACAAUCGCAAAUAACAUUAAACCUGCCUCUAGGAAAACUGAGCUCAAGCGUGGCCAUUUACACAACCUUGGUGAACCCUAUAAGCAAAUAUGCUUUGAUGGUGACACCAAUCGUCAACGCUACCAAGCAGUGCUUUCCUUGCUACUACAACAAGAGGCCUUUCAGUCUUUUGAUCAGUACCCUCUUGGUGAUCAGCACCGUUGUUGUGGCCUUGGCCGUCCCUUUCUUCGCGUAUCUGAUGUCACUGGUUGGAGCUUUCCUCAGUAUCACCGCAUCUAUCAUACUACCUUGCAUAUGCUACUUGAAGAUUACAGGCACUUACAGGACCUUAGGAUGUGAAACAGUCACAAUAGGCGCAAUCAUAUUGAUGGGCGUUGCCGUCGUGGUAUUCGGCACUUACACAUCCCUUCAACAGAUUGUUGGCCAUUUAUAAAUUCAUUCCGCACUGCUAUCUUCAAGGCAUGCCAAUGUUACUGUUUUAAUAGUUUAAUUAAUAGAAGUUGUUAGGAGGACUUAGAAUACAGACGAUAGGGAAUGCAGAAAGUCAGUGGGAACGAAAAUCUUAUGAAUACUCCAUCUGUACAUUCGGUGAUUUUCUUCAUGGAGAAAUCAGCCACUAUAUGCCAUUCAUCGAGCGCUGCUUGCCCUCUGGCGUAUCUUACAUCUUUCUUUUAGAGUGGGUCUGCAGGCGUGGGCGAAAAUGAUGAACCCCUCAUUGUUGAUGAAGACUCUCAUGAGCCUGCAGCAUCUUUGGCCAUUGCUGAACCAUCCAGUUCUAUUUAUAUAUGCCUGUGCUUAUCCUUUCGGCUACUCAUAUCGAAUGAAGGGUUGUGUAUUGUUGUGGUA